CGUGAUGAAAGCCUGGAGACUGAUGGAAUAGUAGCAGCCAUUUGUAAUUACAGAGAAAAACAGCAGUUACGUUUGAUCUAGAUAACAACCAUAAGAACAUACAACCGUUAAAAUCAGUACGUACCAGAUGACUCUGGUUUACGUUAUCUAAAUUUUGUAUAUUGCGCUCCGAACGGGAAAGGUUCAAACUAUUAUUACGUAUCUGCACAGUAUCCACCGUGCUCUCGGUUGCUAAAUAAGCGGUGACCGUUGCCAUUGGUAAAAAUGGCAAUUCCGCUGUAUCGUUGGAGCCCAGUUAUUAAAGGACAGUUUGGUACGUUAAACCUAUGUUAUCUUGGUGUACAAGCCGUAAAUGGUUUCCAGUACCGUUCCAACACAACCCAACCCACAAAAACCAAAUUUGGGCCACUGCAUGAUAAUGACCGCAUAUUCACAAAUUUAUAUGGAAGAUUUGAUUGGAGACUGAAAGGUGCUUUGAAGAGGGGUGACUGGUAUAAGACCAAAGAGAUUCUCCUUAAAGGAUCAGAUUGGAUUAUAAAUGAAAUCAAGACAUCAGGUCUUCGAGGUAGAGGAGGAGCUGGUUUCCCUUCAGGAAUGAAAUGGAGCUUUAUGAAUAAACCAUCAGAUGGCAGGCCAAAAUAUCUUGUCGUGAAUGCAGAUGAAGGUGAACCAGGGACUUGUAAGGACAGAGAAAUUAUGCGCCAUGACCCUCAUAAGUUAGUAGAAGGCUGCUUAGUAGCAGGGAGAGCUAUGGGUGCUCAAGCAGCGUAUAUUUAUAUCCGAGGAGAAUUUUACAAUGAGGCUUCAAACAUGCAAUUAGCAAUUGCUGAGGCAUAUCAAGCUGGCCUGAUAGGGAAGAAUGCUUGUGGAUCAGGGUUUGACUUUGAUGUAUUCAUGCAUCGUGGGGCUGGAGCUUAUAUCUGUGGAGAGGAAACAGCAUUGAUUGAGUCUAUUGAGGGGAAACAAGGAAAGCCCCGACUCAAGCCACCUUUCCCUGCUGAUGUAGGAGUGUUUGGUUGUCCAACGACUGUCGCCAACGUGGAAACAGUGUCUGUAGCACCAACCAUCUGUCGCAGAGGUGGAAGCUGGUUUGUAAGUUUUGGUAGACCACGAAACUCUGGCACUAAACUGUUCAACAUAUCUGGUCAUGUGGUCAACCCAUGCACAGUAGAGGAAGAAAUGUCUAUUCCAUUGAAGGAGCUGAUUGAACUUCAUUCUGGUGGUGUAACCGGUGGUUGGGAUAACUUGCUGGCAAUUAUCCCAGGAGGAUCUUCCACACCCCUCAUACCAAAACAUGUAUGUGAAGAUGUAUUGAUGGAUUUUGAUGGGCUUGUGGCUGCUCAGACAAGUUUAGGUACAGCAGCCAUUAUAGUAAUGAACAAGCAGACGGAUGUUGUGAAAGCUAUUGCAAGGCUGAUUGAGUUCUACAAGCAUGAAUCCUGUGGUCAGUGCACGCCAUGUCGAGAGGGUAUCUCGUGGAUGAAUAAGAUAAUUCACCGCUUCAUCACAGGGAAUGCUCAGCCUGGUGAGAUUGACAUGCUCUGGGAACUAAGCAAGCAGAUAGAAGGCCAUACUAUCUGUGCUUUAGGAGAUGGGGCAGCUUGGCCAGUGCAGGGGUUAAUUCGACAUUUCCGACCAGAAUUGGAAGCACGUAUGAAGAAGUUCCAUGAGGAGACUGCAGUGGCAGCCCAGAAUUGAACAAAAGGAGUUCAUUGACUUGGUCAUUGUAAAAAGUGUGUAUGGAAGAGUGGACUGAUGUUUUGCAGUUUGUUUUUCAAUCUGUAUAACUUUCUUCACUGGAAAGUAGGAGAAAGCCUGUACAUACCACUGUACUUUCCAAAGAAAGUUACUGUAUUAGAAUAUUUAUUUGUAGUGUAUAUAAUUGGCAGUAGUAUUACUGUUUCUGACUAUAUUUUAAAUCUUAUUUAGAAUUGCAUUAGGUAAGUGGAAGCUUAAAGGAGGUUUGUAGAUGAAGAUAAAUAUUUAAAUUUAAUAGCUGCAGCAAACAGAUUUUUUUUAUCCUUUCAAACAGAUGUCAGAAAAACUUUUAUUAUAAUAGUAAUAAUGAUUAUUGUUAUUUUUCAGUUUAUUUUAAUAAAAAGUUUUACCUCAGUACCUAUAUAUCUUUAUAAGAGAUGGUAUUUGUUUUCAGUUUGAAUGGUCUCUCAACCAUAGUUGCAUUUUCUCAGUUUAAUAUGUAUAGUGUAGUUACUGUACCAAUAAAACAUGAAUAUACUUUAUUUGCUGAUCA